AUGGCUGCCUUCCUCACUACCCCAGAUUCCAGGAUCUUGACUUGUCCUGCACAAGCCAGCUUUGCUUCUGCUCCUGAGAAGUGCCAAGAUUCUGAAACGCUGACUCCAGUUGCCUUCUCAUACCUAGACUUUGGGCUGCUUUCCGGAUACAUGCAUAAGCAAGUCCUUGUCACUGCUACCCAUCCUACCUGCACCCUGCUUUUUCCUUCUGGCUACACUUGUGUUCAUUUCUCUCCCUCCCCCGUCCAUCCUCUGGGCACAAUUCAAAAAGGAUGGAAAAAGUACUGUGGCCAGAAGUCUCUGAGUGAGGCAACAAUGGACGAAUAUUUAGGCAGCUUAGGGCUGUUUCGAAAGCUGACUGUCAAGGAUGCCUCUUGCCUCUUUCAGGCUAUUUCGGAGCAGUUGUUUUGCAGCCUGUUCCAUCAUUUGGAAAUCAGGAAGGCUUGUGUCUCAUAUAUGAGAGAAAAUCAACAAACUUUUGGGUCUUAUGUGGAGGGACCUUUUGAGAAAUACCUGGAAUGGUUGGGAGAUCCCAAGGAAAGUGCUGGCCAGCUGGAAUUAAGAGCUCUUCCUCUAAUUUAUAAUCAAGGUUUCAUUCUUUAUCGCAAUUCUUGAAAGCCUCCAACUUAUGUCACAGAUAAUGGCUAUGAAGACAAGAUUCUACUCUGCUAUUCAAGUAAUGGUCCUUAUGAUUCAGUGUACUCAAAACAGUUUCAGUCAAGUGCAGAUGUUUGUCAAGCUGUACUGUAUGAAAUUCUCUAUAAAAAUGUGUUUGUUGUGGAUGAAGAAGCAUUGAAGACUGCAGUUGAAUUGUUUCAAAGUAGUUCCAAGAAGAACAGAAACAAUGCUGUCACUGGCAGUGAGGAUGCCCAUGAUGCCUACAAGAGUUUAACUCAGGAUAGGACUGAAGAGUGGGGUGAUUGCUGCAAUGUUGAAAAUACACCAGAGGGGUACAGUGGAGGAACAGAAGAAGCAAAGUCUCCAGAAAAUCCAUCAAAGAUGCUCUUCCCCUAUAAGGUGCUCAAAGCUCUGGAUCCAGAAAUCUAUCAUAAUGUAGAAUUUAAUGUUUGGUUGGACAGCAGAAAAGAACUUCAAAAAACUGAUUACAUGGAAUAUGCUGGACAUUACUAUUUUGGAGACAAGUGUCAAGUUCACUUGGAAUCAAAUGGAAAAUAUUAUAAUGCUCAUGUACAGGAAGUUGGAAAUGAGAACAAUUCAGUAACAGUCUUCACUGAAGAAUUGGCAGGAAAGCAUGUUGUUCCACUGGCUAACUUAAAACCAGUUACUCAAGUGACACCUGUUCCUGCCUGGAAUGCUAUGCCUAGUCAGAAAGGAAGAGGUUACCAGAAAAUGUCCGGGGGCUAUUUCCCAGAAAUGGUAAUGCCUGAAAUAGGUGUGAAGCAACAGAAGAUAUUCAGGAGAGUGAAAGGAAAAGAAAUGUAUAUGUCUGCGGCUUACAGCAGGGGAGACAGCCUGCCUGUACCCAGGCUUCAGCAUAGUAUCAUGCAUUAUGGGCAUGACCCUGCAAUGCACUCCUCACAGACAGCUGGCGAUGUUAUAGCUAAUGAACAUUUUCAUCCUCAACAUUCAUCUCAGAGACAAGGUCGGGGAUAUGGGAUGCCCAGGGACUCAUCUCGCUCUAUAAACAGGCCCAAUAUGGCAGACCCUAAAGUUGGUUUUUACCCUGGCCCAGGGAAGAAGUGCUGCCAGAGCUAUGAUAACUUCUCCUGUAGAUCUCGUUCCUUUAGAUGUAGUCACCGCCAGAUGCAAUGCACGAAUAAGGAGUGCCAAUAUAGCUUUGCCCCAGAAAAUGGACAGAUGCCCCAGGGUUUGGAAGAAACCAUUACUUUUUAUGAAAUUGAAGAAGGGGGUGAGACUGUUUAUCCAACUUUACCUAAUAAUGGAAGGUCCUCCACAAUGGUUCCUCCUGCUUCAACAUACUGUGUUGCAAGGCAAGGACAUAACUCAGGCAAACAGACUUUGAGUUCAGAGGAGGGUGAUGGCCAAAGUGACAACGUGAUUGUUUCACCGCCCUAUCCAUACCUCUCUGCUCCUGUGCCUGCUGUUGCUGCCUCUCUACCACCACCGCCACCGCCACCGCCGCCUCCUCCUCCUUCUCUACCUCCUCCUAUUCCUGCUGAGGUAGGAGAGGCUUCAAACUUACCACCGCCUCCUCCACCUUAUUCCUGUGAUCCAAGUAGCAGUGACCUGCCACAAGAUACAAAAGUUUUGCAGUACUAUUUCAACCUGGGACUGCAGUGCUAUCACCACAACUACUGGCACUCCAUGGUCUGUGUGCCACAGAUGCAGCAACACCAUCUUCAUGUAGAGAAUUAUCCAGUCUGUACUGAGACACCUACUCUGGUAGAUCAGACCAUCCUCCUGUUGUACACUGAGGUGGGGAGACAAGGUGGCGCACAAGUGGAAGCAUCAGCAAAUGGUAACUUUCCAAAUGGCAACCCUGCACCUGUCCCUCAAGGAGCAGUCUAUUUUCCGGUGAUGUUGGAUCCCUGUGGGCAGCCACCUUUGCCUAGUUUUGAUUCCUGAUUUCCCAUUGUGCCAGAUUAUUCCUUUGUUGCCCCCUGGCAUCCCAUUGGUGCAGCAUAUGGUGGUUCUCCUCAGAUUCAUGGUGCUAUGAAUCCUGGGCCAGCUGGCUAUGUUGCUUCACCUUCCUCAGCUUGUCAUUAUGUACCUCAGAAUAUGUAA